AAAGGACAGUGCCAGGUUCCCCGAAGCCUCAGUCGGGGGGGAGAUGGCUUCCCAGCAAGGAGAAACCGGGGUCAGGCAGAGGAGGGAGGCUGAUCCCGCGGCCGAUCUGUCCGGCCCUUCGCGGUGGUUUACCUGGGACGAGAUCGGGCUGCGCACUGGCCAGGGAGACCCGCCACAGGAGCGCUGGCUGGUGAUCGACAGGAAAGUCUAUGACGUCAGCCGCUUCUACAGGAGGCACCCAGGGGGUUCUCGGACCAUCGCAAGCUACGCGGGGCAGGACGCCACGGAUCCUUUCACAGCCUUUCAUGUUGACAAGACUCUAGUAAGGAAGCACAUGGCGUCACUUUUGAUUGGGGAAUUGGCACCUGAUCAGCCCAGCUUUGAACCUAGUAAAAAUAAAUUAUUAAUAGAAGAUUUUCGGGAGCUGCUGUCCACUGUUAAAAACAUGGGACUCUUCAAGCCAAACCAAUUCUUCUUUUUCCUGACCCUUCUGCAUAUUUUACUGCUGGAUGCUGCUGGCUGGUUUGUGUUGUGGUAUUUUGGGAUAUCUAUAGUAUCUUUUUUUAUUGCCACAGUGUUGCUGACCUUUGCUCAGUCUCAAGCAGGCUGGCUACAACAUGAUUUGGGACAUCUUUCAGUCUUCAGCAAUCCAAAAUGGAACCACCUUUUUCAUGAAUUUGUGAUGUGCCAUUUAAAGGGACUUUCAGCUCAUUGGUGGUCUUUGCACCAUUCCCAGCAUCAUGCUAAACCCAACUGUUUCCAGAAGGACCCAGAUGUUUCAUUUCAUCCCGUUAUUUUGUCAUUAGGGAAACCUCUUUCUUUGGAGUUGGGUUUGCAGAAAAAGAAAUACAUGCCUUAUAACUAUCAGCACAAAUAUUUUUUCUUCACAUUGCCACUGAUUGUUGUGCCAACUUUUCAAGUUUACUCAUUAUACUUUAUACUCCAGCGCAAACUCUGGAGGGAAAUGGCAUGGACUGUGGCAUAUUUUAUCCGAUUCUUUAUUUCCUUCAACCCCAUAUUGGGAUUCAAGGGUGCUUUGGGAUACCUCUUUCUUUUGAAUGUUCUCGAGAGUAUCCUAUUUACAUGGAUAUCACAGACAAGUCAUCUUCCUAUGCACAUUGAUUACGAUAAAAACAUGGAUUGGUUCUCUACACAGCUUCAGGCAACAUGCAAUGUGAAUCAAUCUUUUUUCAAUGACUGGGUAACGGGGCACCUGAAUUUUCAAAUUGAGCACCAUCUCUUCCCUACGAUGCCUCGGCACAACUUUUGGAAGGCGACUCCUUUGGUGAAAUCCAUGUGUGCCAAACAUGGUAUUGAAUAUCAAUCAAAAUCCCUCUUUACUGGCUUUGCUGACAUUGUGCAUUCCUUGAAGGUUGCGGGUGAAAUCUGGUUCAAAACAUAUCAUCUUGAACAGAAAACACAAAAUCCUAAAAUCUGUCUUCAACAAGGGAAGAAGGGUGAAGAGACACAAUAGAUCUGAAAUGUACCUGACAGUCUUGGGCACAGAAAACCUAAAAUACUUUGUGGAUGAAACAGAAUGCUUGGAGAGACUUGACCUCAGCUUAAUUUUUGACAUGUUUCCUAAUGAAUAUAAGCACUCAAAAUGACACUUUCCCCCCUCUUUUCUGUUUCUGGGUCUUGGAUGAAUCAUAAAUAAAGAUGUAGGAAAGUUUCUCAAAAAUUUUCAUUGAAUUGUUUUGUUGCUGCUUUUUACACUUCAUCUCGGUUUUGCUAUAGUCAUGAAAAUAAAUGUAAAAGCUGUUGUAGUGGAUUCUGGAUUAUGAUAUGAGAUUAAACUGGAUCAGCAGAUACAAACUGCAGAUAAGAAA